GGUUUCAGGUCAGCUGGAACGUAUAAAGAUAGGUGCCAAGCCAGAAGCAGCAGAGACAACAGUGAAUGGCAAGGGGGCAACUAGAUCCCUACUGCCACCUCCAGGGAUGGAGCCCUAAGGAGCCUUAAGGGAACCCUGUGCUUCCCCGACCCUGGCUGACUCACAGCCUCCUCCCUGCACUAAAGCUCAGGGCUGCAAAGUGGCCUCUCUUCUUGGACCUCACCUGGACCCUGGAGGGACCAAGCAGAACCUUCUGGGACCAUGGUUGGACUAAAGCCUUCAGAGGUACCCCCUACCACAGCUGUGAAAUUCCUGGGGGCAGGCACAGCGGCCUGUUUUGCUGAUCUCCUCACCUUUCCACUGGACACAGCCAAGGUUCGCCUGCAGAUCCAGGGGGAGAACCAGGCAACACAGGCAGCCCGGAGAAUCCAAUACCGUGGUGUACUGGGCACCAUCCUGACCAUGGUGCGCACCGAGGGCCUCCGCAGCCCCUACAACGGGCUGGUCGCCGGCCUGCAGCGCCAGAUGAGCUUUGCCUCCAUCCGCAUUGGCCUCUAUGACUCUGUCAAGCAGUUCUACACCCCCAAAGGAUCAGACCACUCCAGCAUCACUACGCGGAUUUUGGCAGGCUGUACCACAGGAGCCAUGGCAGUAUCAUGUGCCCAGCCCACGGAUGUGGUGAAGGUCCGAUUUCAGGCCAGCAUACACCUUGGGGCAGGGAGCAACAGGAAGUACAGUGGGACAAUGGAUGCCUACAGGACCAUCGCCAGGGAAGAAGGGGUCAGGGGCCUAUGGAAAGGAACUUUGCCCAACAUCACAAGGAAUGCCAUCGUCAACUGUGCUGAGAUGGUGACCUAUGACAUCAUCAAGGAGAAGCUGCUAGACUAUCACCUGCUCACUGACAAUUUCCCCUGCCACUUUAUUUCUGCCUUUGGAGCCGGUUUCUGUGCCACAGUGGUGGCCUCCCCAGUGGAUGUGGUGAAGACCCGGUACAUGAACUCGCCCCCAGGCCAAUACCGCAGCCCCCUGGACUGUAUGCUGAAGAUGGUGACCCAAGAGGGCCCCACAGCCUUCUAUAAGGGAUUUACACCAUCCUUUUUGCGUUUGGGAACCUGGAAUGUGGUGAUGUUUGUGACCUAUGAGCAGCUGAAACGGGCCUUGAUGCAAGUCCAGAUGCUACGGGAAUCUCCAUUCUGAAUAAGGCAGGGCCAUGUGGUACUUUGCUGGAACAAGAACCACUGAAGAAUGCAUUAAAGCAGUGGGUCCAUGCUCACACACACCCACACAUGUUUACAGAACUGUUUGCUUGCUGCUGAGUCAAGAAAUAGAAGUGGAGGAAGGAUUCUGGCCUUCAGUGCUUUGUCUUAAGAACACAUUUGUUUUGCACUGACAAGACGGAAAAUAAAUUAUAUUAAUUUUGGGGACCUAUUAAGUUGGAUGCCUAACAUUUAGGCAAGAGAGAAUAAACCAAAACCUCCAUUUGGAUAAAAACAAAAGUUUGCAAACUGAUGUCCUCUAAAAAAAAAAAAAAACAAUCUGAUUAGAUGAUGAAUUGUGUACAGGAAAGGCUGAAAGCAUGACAGGACAGGAGUGGCACAUGAUACUUGGAAAUCAGGAGUGGCACAUGAUACAAGGGGUUUGGAGAGACACUGCCAAAGCAACAUAGCUGUGACUGCAGCCUUUGGUUAACUGUGGAUCAUCAGCCAUAUGUGAAAUACUCCUGCCAUUUAGAAGCCAUUGAGAUUCUAGAAAAUAUGAAACCAAAAAAAAAAAAAAAAGAAGAGAAAGAGAGAGAAAACCUGGACCAGCAUGAGGCUGAGAUUUGUAAUUGUUCCCUGAUGACACUGGAGAAUCAAGAGGGAAGAAAGACUCCAUCUUCUUUCCUAUAAAAUGGAAAUAAUAAUCCCCUCCUUCCCAUCUCACCAGGGAUGCUAUGAGGAUCAAGUGACAAGGUGGACAUGAAAGCCAUUUAUAAAAGCAAAAGCUCUUAUAUUCACCAAUGUAAACGUAAGGACAAGACCUUAGGAAAGAUUUUCUCAAGACAGGGAGGAACUGACAGCAGUUUUUAAAAGGUUGAAAGGUUGUCUAGAGGUUUGACCAAAGGAACCAGGGGCUGGGGGGCCAGGGGUGACAGAGACUGGCGUGCACUCACAGAAGCCCCACUCCCACGCAGUCCUUGCUUUCCAGCUAGAUGGUCUAUGAGACCCCUGAAGGGUACUGGGAUUAGGGAAAAAGAGGGUGAUGGCAGGCUGACAGCCUAAAGCAGCAGGAUUCAGUUUUUUGGAAAAUUAUUAUAAUUCAAUAAAGGGUGUGGGAAUGAGAACAGCAUAGCCUUUCCCUCCACCCCUUUCUCUUUCUUGGACAGAAUGUCCCUUUCUCACCAGGUUUCUUGUUUGCCAGGUCUGGGCCUGUGGUCCCACAUGCCCCCAUAGCCCAGGCUGGCUGCUCUGCCUUUUUCGGCUUUGGCUUCUCCAUCUGUAUUACAUCUGUGUCUCUGCAUCUCUGUGUCUCUCAUGAAUAAAUAAAUAAAAUCUUUUUAAAAAAAUUCUCUUUCUUUUGACUUGACUGGCAUGUACAAAUCAUUCUUUUUUUUAAGAUUUUAUUUAUUUAUUCAUGAGAGACACAGAGCAUGAGA